GAAGAGGACAUUUUGUGAGUGCCUCGGUGACGACCGCGCGCGAGUAAUGCGAAGCUCGCUGCUCUGCGGCCUCGAGCGCAUUUCGAGCGUGCAUGCUGGCGAUUGAGCUGGCCUUUCGGCGAUAAACCCUAGCCUUCGCGGCCCUGCUAGAUAGAUAGAUAUGUAGCGGUGUUUAUUGUCGUCUCUCGCUCCAUUGGCCUGACGUUAGUGCUCUCCGGCCCUGCUCGUGGUGGGUUGUCCAUUGGCCAGGCCCGUUGCUGGUGUCAUUACUCUGUCGAACGAACAGACCGCUUUUUGCCUCUUGUUUCUCUCCUGCUCUCUCUUUUUCGAAGCGAGGAACCCAACCCCCCAGCCUUGUUUCGCUCUGUGCUGCACACGAGCACGCGGCGCUCCGAGAUUCUCCUCGCUCCUCUCUUGUGGGUCGAUGCGCCACCCUCUUCAAGAAUUCCGUCCUGAGGCGUUGCGCCGAUGGGAGCCUUUGUCUCCAGAGAGCUGACUUGAGCCUCGGGGUGGACCUGGGAGGCGACACUGGGAUCCAUGUGGUUGAGUGAGAUUCUCCUCGUUCCUUUCGAAUCGGUUGCAUCUCGUCGCAGUGGAUAACUGCGGAGAUGAUGGAAUUGGAAUUUGGAUCACAUUGAGAACAUGGAGGCGUAUCGCAGUAGAGUUGGUGGAUUCGGGCUCUCCGAUUACGUCAUUUUGCAAUGUCGAGGUCUCAUUUGAAUCCAAUUCUUGCUGAGGUUUAUGCGAAGAAAUUGGGCAAGGCGGAUCACCUUGCAUCCGCUCUCAGAUUAUGUCAGUCUCCAUUGUUCUGAAACCCCCUUGAAUUGAGCUCCUCUCUGUGGAGUACAGAGGUUGACGUUAUCCUGCCAGCAUCCCCGAUUUUCAUAUUCGACAUCAGCCUUCGAAAGAUCUCUCAAGCUGCAAGCUGUGAUCAAGUUUCUGAUCUUUUUCAGAUCUUUCACUCUGGUCUCGCUUCUGAUUUGUGUGUUUGGUGAUUGGAGGGUAUUUCCUGCUCAGACUUGUAGGCAGUACUGCGAACGCGUUUGCGGCUUGCACAUUAACCUUAGGGCUUACAAGACCCUCAGAGCAAUUCGACUGGGAGACACUUCAAGAGUAACAGUGCUUUGUAUACGUUGGGUAUACUUAAAGGAUCAUCUUGGCUCCAGAGCCGCUGAUGAAUGUUUGACUUCGCAACCCGAUCCGAUAGUUUAUUGGGAGAAGUCUGAUGUCGGAGAACCCUCGUGUGUAUCUUACUUAAGCUGAAGAUCACAGGUUUCAGAUACUGGAGUGGUACACUUCAAGUUUCGGAUAACCUUCUAUGUGGUUUGAUCGGGUGUCUGUAGGCCGCCGUAGCUGAAUCUUACUGUUCUAGCUCCUCAGGAGGGAUGGAUGAUUUUGAAAAGGCAAUUUUUUUUAGUUUCGAUCAAACUGGGGCAGUAGACGCACAAUUGAAAGCUCAGGCCAGAGCUUACUGCGAGCAAGCGAAGCAAUCUCCCACAAUAUGGCAAGCUUGCCUGGAGAAAUUUCGAGUUUCUCAGUAUGCCGAAGUCCAGUUUUGGUGUCUCCAGGCUCUUGAGGAGAUAACAAGGCAGCGGUACAGGAGUCUGGAUCCUCAAGAACGUCAGUUUAUCAGGUCCUCUCUGCUGGCAGCAAUGUGCAACUACGAUGUCGACGAGCAAAAACCCGGUUCCCUCGGAUCAAGGACCACGUUUGUGAAGAAUAAACUCGCUCAGAUUAUCGUCAUUCUCAUAUCUAUCGAUUAUCCCUCUGAAUGGCCGUCCGUGUUCUUGGAGAUGCUCAAUCAUCUGAGCAAGGGUGCAGUCGUUGUGGACAUGUUCUGCAGAGUUCUGAAUACCCUGGAUGAAGAAGUAAUUAGUCUGGACUUUCUCAGAACAUCCGAGGAAAUCGCUGCUGCUACGCGUAUCAAGGAUGCAAUGAGGCAGCAAUGCAUCACUCAAAUUGUGGGAGCAUGGUACAACUUGGCUGUUAUGUACAGAGUCCAAAUGCCUUAUUUAACGUGCUCGAUUUUAGAGACUAUGCAUAGGUAUGUCGCCUGGAUCGAUAUUGGUCUUGUAGCCAACGACAGUAUUGUUCCUCUGCUCUUUGAACUCCUGGUUUCCCAAACUGAACUAUCCGUUCUUCGAGGAGCGGCAGCUGACUGCCUCUUGGCUAUAGUAUCGAAGAGAAUGGAGACUACUUCGAAACUUGCUCUCCUCCAGAAAUUGCACAUUGGUCAAGCAUGCAGCCGUAUAACUGAGACUCAGGAACCGGAAUUCGCUCUGAAGCUGACUGCACUGCUGACUGGAUUAGCCACCGAAAUCUUGGAGUGUAGUAAAAAGAUGGACUUUCACCCUAAUUCUAGUCAAACAACAGCAGCUACGAAUGCUGUGACCUUAAUGUUAGAUGAGGUACUCCCGUCUGUAUUUUACUUCAUGCAACAUGGUGACGAAGAUAUGUCAUCAACAACGUUUCAGUUCUUGUCUAACUACGUCGCUAGAAUGAAGAGCGGAUUAGAAUGCAACGGGAAGCAAGCCGCACAUGUUGCACAAAUCCUGGAGGUCAUCAGAAAUAGAAUGCUCUACGAUCCAUCGAGUAAGGAUUCUUUGGAUGGGCCAGACAAGGAGGGACAGGAAGAGGAGGAAAAGUUGCUGGAAUUCCGGAAGGAUUUGUUCGGACUCUUUAGAAGCAUUCACCGAGUCGCUCCAGAUAUUACCCGAUCCUUCGUUCGAUCAACUCUUCUCACAGCCUUGGGGAACUCCGAGACAUCAUUUGAAAACGUAGAAGCAGCCAUUGCUCUUCUGCACUUGUUAGGGGAGAGAGUAUUGGAAUAUGACAUGUUAGAUGAAAAGGGACUUCUUGUAGAAAUGGUCCGAACUCUAUUGUCAAAUACUGUACCGUGCCAUUCCCAUCGGGUGGUCUCACUUUCUUAUCUUGAAACAAUCACUAGAUUUGUACGCUAUGUACAAUUGCACCCAGAAUACAUUCCUUCAGUUUUGGCCGCAUUUCUAGAUUGUAGAGGUCUUCGUCAUCCGAAUCCUUCUGUCAGUUCCAGAGCAAGUUAUCUUUUCAUGCGACUCGUGAAGGUGCUGCGUGCCCAGCUUGUACCGUACGUCGAGGAUAUUCUUCAGGGCCUUGAAAGCACAUUAUCUGCUAUAACCUCCAAGGGUAGCGACGGGAAAGGAGAUGCAGAUGAUCGUUGCUAUGCUUAUGAGGCCGCUGGAUUGCUGAUUGGGAUGGAGGACAUAGUAGAGGAGCAGCAGUUAAAGUAUGUUACAGCACUCCUGGUGCCUCUAUGCGCGCAGGUUGAUGCAAUUUUAUCUUGCGAAGCCUACAGAGGAGACCUAGUAGGGCCACCUGGUGUUGUGAUAAAUCUGCAGCAAGUUAUCUUGGCAAUUAGUCAUAUGAGUAAAGGCUUUGGCGAGCAGCUUAUCACCAAUAGUCGUCCGUCUAUCGGUAACUUGUUCAAGCAGACUCUAGACGUGAUUCUACGUAUUCUUGUGAUUUUUCCAAAGAACAAAGUUCUCCGCAGUAGGGUAAUAUCUUUCCUGCACCGAAUGGUGGAUGUACUUGGUAGUGCUGUAUUUCCAGUUCUUCCAGUGGCUAUUCAGCAGCUUUUAAACGACUGUGAGCCUAAAGAUCUGGCGGACUUUAUUCUGUUAAUUAACCAGCUUGUCAAUAAGUUCAAGUUGGGGAUGAGUAAUAUUCUUCAGGAAGUAUUUCCUGCCGUUGUGGGCCGUGUACUUACCCUGCUCCCGAAGGAUGGGUUUCCGGAAGGUUCUGGCACAAAUACAGAGGAAGUUCGAGAGCUACAGGAGCUUCAUCGAUGUUUCUUCACAUUUUUGCAUGUUGUGACUUCGAAUGAUUUGUCUUUGGUUCUCAUUACGCCUCAAAGCAGGCACUGGCUCCAAGACAUCAGCCAACUCAUUUUAGAGGCUGCAUGUCACCACAAGGAUGUGCUUGUUAGAAAGAUUUGUGUCCAGAUUUUCACAAAACUGAUUUCUGACUGGUGCGCCGGCAGUACGGUAGAAGAGAAGGUUCCUGGAUUUCGACGGUUCGUCAUAGAAAGAUUCGCCUCAGAAUGUUGCGUCUACAGCGUGCUUCAAACUUCUUUUGACCUUCGUGAUGCUAACACAUUUUCACUAUUUGGAGAGAUUGUGACCGCCCAAAAGACACUGUACGAGAAAUGUGGGGAGGAGUUUUGGAUGCAUCUGGCUACAAAGUUACUGCCAGCAGUACAUUGUCCCCCCAAUUUGGCCGAGCAAUAUUGUCUUCAUAUACAGACAUCGGGUCCGAAGGAUCUCAAGGCUUUUUACAAACCUUUCAUAGAGAAGUUAAGACCUCAGCAAAAUGGCAGUUUGGCAAAUAGAUAACAGUGAAUGCCGAAGUGCUUUGCCGCCUGGGAACGAUUCAGUUGAGUUGGAUCUGCCGGAAUUGUCUGCUUGUCUGCUGCAUCCUGUCGAAGGUCGAAGUUUAAUACAGCUAGAUCCAAACGUUCAUUUUUGUGGUGAUGCUCGAUUCAAUUGUGAACCUGAGCUCGUUUUCUGUGGAAGGAGCUGUAUUAGAAGUAGAAGUGGAGCGGCUUUGCCGGACAAAAGACAAUAUAGAUUGCUACUGGAGAGCUUCGUCAUAGUAGAGCUGGUGCAGAAGGUGUUUGUUUCUGGGAUAAGAGCUGAAGCUGGUUCUUGCAAAGAACCUAUGUGGAACAAGCAAGCGUGAUGCGGUAACGGCGCCAGAAGAGAUUUCUAGUUCGCCCACGAAGGUUGAGAGUGAAUGCGGAAGUCCUUCAAGCGAAAGCUUCGAUUGAAGCCAACCCUUUUUGGAGUAUUAGGGCUCUGGCUCGAUUUCAUGUGUUCACCAAAUUCUAGAUAGGCCAAAUAUGGAGCAAUUGUGAGGAGUACGUGGCUCUGCCAAAGGGCAGAGUAAAGCCGAAACUGGGGCGAAAUUCGUACCAAACAACGAGACAACGACUCAAGGAGAAAAUGUCGAGAGACUUCUAUUUAGGAAUAGUAAUCGGGUCAAAUAAAUUCAUACAAUAAUUGGUUACGUUCUAAGUUGUGUCCCACAUUUUAAUAAAAAUGUUUCUCUGAAUC